AUGGAAGUCGUGACAGCAUAUUUAUAUAGGUCACUAGUUGCUAAUAUUUAUAUGAAAGUCCCUGAUGAAUUUAAAAUCCCUGAAUUGAGAGAAAACGAGAAUCGCAACAUGUAUAGCAUUAAAUUGCAAAGGUCGUUAUACGACUUAAAACAGUCGGGUAAAAUAUAGUAUACUUGACUCAGUGAGUUCCUCCUGAAGCCUUGUGUGUUUAUAAAGAAAUCCAAAAAUGGCUUCUGUAUCAUCUCAGUCUAUGUUGAUGAUAUAAAUAUUAUUGGAACGCACAAUGAGCUUACAGAAGCUAGCUCAUGCCUAAAGACGGAGUUUGAAAUGAAAGACUUAGGAAAAACCAAGUUUUAUCUUGGCCUGCAGAUCGAGCAUUACCCAGAAGGAAUUUUUCUACACCAUUCGACCUACAUGAAAAAGGUUUUGGAAAGAUUUUAUAUGGAUAAAUCUCAUCCACUUAGCACACCAAUGGUCGUCCGGUCCCUCGAAGUGGAUAAAGACUCAUUUAGACCCAAAGAAGAUAAUGAAGAAAUGUUAGGGCCAGAAGUUCCCUAUCUGAGCACCAUUGGAGCACUCCUCUAUCUCACAAAUUGCACCAGGCCUGAUAUUGCAUUUGCGGUGAACUUGCUAGCAAGGUAUAGUGCUUCUCCUAUAAGGAGGCAUUGGAAUGACGUUAAUAAUAUCCUUCGCUAUCUUCAAGGUACAAAAGAUCUUGGACUAUUCUAUAAAAGAAACCAAGAUAUGACAUUGAUGGGCUAUUCGGACGCUGGCUACAUAUCUGAUCCCCAUAACGUCAGAUCCCAGACUGGUUAUGUCUUUCUCUAUGGUGGUACCGUCGUUUCUUGGAGGUCUAUUAAGCAGACCAUGGUGACUACUUCUUCUAACCACUCAGAGAUUAUUACUUUAUAUGAGGUUUCACGAGAAUGUGUAUGGUUAAGAUCGUUGAUACGACACAUUCAUGGAUCUUGUGGUCUAGCAAAAGACGAUAUUACCCCCACUGUCCUUUAUGAGCACAAUACAGCUUGUGUUGCACAAAUGAGUAGUGGAUAUGUAAAAGGAACCAUGAAAAAACAUAUUGUGCUAAAAUUCUUUUAUCCACAUGAGCUCCAAAAGAAUGGCGAAACCACCAUCGAAAAAGUUUGCUCAAGUGACAAUCUUGCAGAUUUGUUCACUAAAUCUCUGCCUACAUCAACUUAUGAGAAAUAUAUUCACAAUAUUGGUAUGCGCAGACUUGAAAGACUAUCGUCUUCAGGGGGAAUAAAUUCUUAA